GGGGAAAAGAGUCCCUUUAAGAUCGGUUUAUGACUGAAACAGAACUGAUAAUCAUGUUGCAGUUACUGUUACCUAGAUCCUGGCCGGCUGCGCUGUUGGCUGCUGGCACCAUCUUGUCUUUCGUUUGGAUCGCAUAUUACAGAUUCAUUCACCCGCUAUCAAGGGUCCCUGGACCGUUUCUCGCCUCGGUCACGCCUCUCGUCCAGCUCUACCACGGCCUGAAAGGUGACCGACAUCUAUGGAUCUACGAGCUGCACCAGCGCUACGGCGACCAUGUCCGUCUGGCCCCGAACUUCGUCUCCAUUAACAACGUGGAAGGACUCCACAAGAUCUACGGUCAUGGAAACAAGUUCCGCAAGGCGGACUUCUACAACGGCUUCCUGGCUAUCCCGGGCGUCUACAACACGCACAAUGCCAUUGAUAAGCUUGUCCAUGGCAGGAAGCGGCGAGUACUGAGCCAGGCGUUCUCGGACACUGCACUCAAGGGGAUGGAGGAUGUCAUGCUCCUUCAUGUUCGCCAACUGUGUUCGAUUCUAGGUCGAGAGCGACCAACUUCGCAGUCUGGGGACAAGGAUGGAGCUACUUUUAACAUGGCCAAUUGGUUCGGGUACUUGACGUAUGAUGUUAUGGGCGAGCUGUGCUUUGGAAAGAGUUUUGAUAUGCUUAUUGACGGGGCGAAAAGAAGGAUGAUUCAUCUGGUAGAUCGUGCUGCGUAUAGGCACUAUGUCUGCGGUCUUUGGAUGCCUCUGCACCGCUGGCAUCUCGAUCAGAUUUUCAUCCGCCGUCUGACGAAUGACCGGUGGAACUUCAUCAUGGAGUCUCGCCAGGAAGCCAACAUUCGGGCCAAGGAAAGGACUUCGCUGGGGCAAGACGCAAAGAAGGAUUUCUUCUACUACCUGCUCAACGCCCGCGAUCCCGAGACCGGAAAAGGUCUCGCUACUCAGGAACUCUGGGGUGAAGCGAACGUUCUGAUGAUUGCCGGCAGUGAUACCACCUCCACUAGUCUCUCUGCUGCCAUCUUCUACCUGGUCCGGAACCCGCACGCUCUAGAGAAACUGAAAAACGAAGUCCGCUCUCACUUUAGCGACGUAGAGGAGAUCGUGACCGGAUCUAAGCUCAAUCAGCUGACAUACUUGAAAGCCUGCAUUGACGAGGCUAUGCGUCUCGCACCCGCAGUCCCAGGAUCCAUUCCACGCGAAGCAUCGGACCCGGUUGUCACCGUGGAUGGCCUCGUCCUCCCAGAAGGGACCGGCUGUGGUACUCCUCCGUACUGCAUCCACAGACGUCCGGACUAUUACCGAGAACCGCUGAGCUACUUGCCUGACCGCUGGAUCGAAGGCUCUACCUGCAAGACCGCCGACGCAGCCUGGACCGUGACCCGAGAGGAGGUGGACUUGGCUAGGAAAGCGUUCUGCCCAUUCAGCAUUGGCCCUCGCGGGUGUAUUGGGAAGAGUAUGGCACUGAUGGAGAUGCGAGUCACCCUAGCCAGGCUUAUGUACCUGUUCGACUUCGAACUGGCAGACGCUACGGGUGAGGAUGAGAAUGGGCAUUUCAAAAUGGUAGAUCAUUUUGUUGUUUCCAAGACUGGGCCUAAUGUGAUUAAUAUCAUCACUCGGUCACUCUGA